ACGGAAUGUUCAUGAGCUUAAACUACGCACCAAUCCCGGCGCACGGAAGAAGGAAUUUGGUAGGAAAAAAUAGGAUUUGACGCAUUCCAAAACAAAAACAUCAACCACAACCGCGUCGACCAAUCAGCGCAGGCAGGGUGAAGGUCUGCAGCGCCGACACGAAACAAGUGACUUGUAGUUCGAUUCAGUAGGCCGAACCGACUCUUUUGAACAGUCCGUUUCUGUGACGUAAACGUCUUCAACGAUGUUGUUGGUAUUUUAUGUCAUAAUUUAAUAGGUUACAUUUUUAGUGAUUAUUAUUUGCAUUUUAUUCUCCCUCCUAGCCUAACACUAUGUAAACACGGCACAGAUGCCAAAAAUGACGCCCUUUUUAGUUGGGACUGUGGAUCGGCUCGAAUGAUUCAUUAAAACGAACUGGUUCAGACAAACGAUUCAUUCAGGACUUCGAAGUCGUUUCAGCAAACAUGCCCGAAGUUCCCAACAGCGGCGGUGAGAGCGAGAGCAAGAAACGGAGACUAGAGGACGCGGCCGAUUUCCCCGCAAAAAAGAAAUCGCGCUGGGGCAUUUUAACAAGUCAGGGCUCAUGGGCAGAUCGAUCUCCACUCCAUGAAGCUGCAAGCCAGGGGCGCCUUCUGGCCCUAAAGACCCUUCUCUCCCAGGGUUACAAUGCAAAUAUCAUUACCAUCGAUCAUGUGACCCCACUGCAUGAGGCAUGUCUAGGGGAUCAUGUGGCCUGUGCCAGAGCCCUCAUUGAAGCCGGAGCCAAUGUGAACGCCACCACCAUAGAUGGGGUGACCCCUCUGUUUAACGCCUGUUCUGCAGGCAGUGCCACAUGUGCGGAAGUGCUUCUGGAGCAUGGUGCCAACCCACAGCCUGAACUGUGCCAACCUUCGCCCAUCCACGAGGCUAGCAGCAAAGGAAAAACAGCAUGUGUCGAAGCUCUCAUAGCAUGGGGGGCGGACGUAGAUUAUGAUAUUCCUCACCUAGGAACUCCACUUUACAUCGCCUGCAGCUCGCGGGAGCUACAGUGCACACAGAAACUUCUAGAUGGAGGUGCCAAUGUGCAAAAGGGCCGGUUCCUGGACACUCCCCUACAUGCAGCUGCAGAGAAAGACUGCCCAGAUAUCAUUAAAGUGCUGCUGGAAUUUGGUGCCAACAUAAAUGCUCGCAACCUGGAGCUGCAAAGACCUGUGGAGACAGCGCCUCCUAGCAGCAUGGCAGAGGGCAUCCUUCUGCUAUAUGAAGCUACGCCUCCUGCUCUGAGCCAGUUGUGUAGGUUGAGUAUCAGGGAGUAUUUGGGACGGACCAGACUUCACCUCAUCCCCCAGCUCAAACUUCCUACCCUGCUCCACAGAUUUCUACAGUACAGAUAGAGCUCUGCUCUAUCUCUCUAUGUGUUUCUCUUCGUCUCUCUUGUGCUCCUUCUCUGUCUUUUCUCUCAGUUUUUAUCUUCUCUCAAGUGCAUUUAUUACAUUUUCUUUGUAACCUCCAAUGCACAACAAUAUUUGUUUAGGUGUGAGUUCCUUCACUUGCAGUUAUUUCAAAUAUGGAGUUUCUAACAAAUAUAUUUUUGUGUGCAACAUCCUCAGCAAACAUCAGUACCAGUUAAGGGAAACUAGCAAUGUCCAAAAUGAACAUCUGUGUCACUGUGUGAACCUUAAGAUGUGAAUCAAAAGUACCUACAUAUGCAGCAUAUUAAAUGAUUCAGCCAGU